UCACUUAAUUACAUGCUCUGUGCAGAGGGAGGCAGACUCGUACGGUUAACCAAGCUUAAACAGACAUUUAAGCAAAUACUUUUUAUUGGCAAACAAAUAAAUUACUUUAUUACAAGUAAUUUCACUGAACAUUGUGAAAACAGUUUAGAGUAAAUAUAUAUUUUUAAAUAGUGAAGAAGUUGCGCUAAUUUUAAUAGUGAAGAAGUUGCGCUAAUUUUUCUUUAAAAAAAAUACUUUUUAUUACUUUUAAAAAAUGUUUUCAUUCGUCUUCUGCGCCGUUUUCUUACUUGUACCUUUACUUGCCGAAGCUAGGGUCUCCAAACGAUCCGUCAUCGGUUGUCCAGAUCGCUGUGACAAGUCGCGAUGUCUCCCUAUCCCGGCUGAUUGCUUGGCCGGUGAUAUACUGGACCAAUGCGACUGCUGUCCGGUCUGUGCGUCUGGAGAGGGUGAAAUCUGUGGUGGUACGGGCAAAUUAGGCGACCCGGAAUGUGCAGAGGGUCUGGAAUGCUCGGUGUCGGACGGAGUAGGCAACACCGCAACAGUCAGAAAGCGAGGCAGGAGUGGCGUGUGCGUUUGCAAAAGUUCCGAGCCUGUAUGCGGCAGCGAUGGCGUCUCCUAUCGAAACAUAUGCGAACUGAAAAGAAUCAGCAGUCGGGCGGAAAAACUGCAGCAGCCACCUGUCAUCUUUAUCCAAAGAGGAGUCUGCGGUCAAGGUCAGGAGAAUCCAGACAGCCUGCGGCACCGCUACAACUUUAUCGCAGAUGUAGUGGAGAAGAUCGCACCGGCCGUGGUCCAUAUUGAACUGUACCGCAAGAUGGUGUUUUCUAAGAGGGAGGUGGCAGUGGCCAGCGGCUCUGGCUUUGUGGUGUCAGAAGACGGCCUUAUCGUGACGAACGCUCACGUGGUGACCAACAAGCAGCGGGUGAAGGUGGAACUGAAGAGCGGCACCAAUUAUGACGCCAAGAUCAUAGACGUGGACGAGAAAGCAGACAUCGCCCUCAUCAAGAUCGACACUCCGAUGAAGCUUCCUGUCCUGCUGCUGGGCCGCUCGGCGGACCUGAGACCGGGCGAGUUCGUGGUGGCCAUCGGAAGCCCCUUCUCCCUGCAGAACACCGUCACCACCGGCAUCGUCAGCACCACCCAGCGCGGGGGCAAGGAGCUGGGCCUGCGCAACUCCGACAUGGACUACAUCCAGACGGACGCCAUCAUCAACUACGGAAACUCAGGAGGCCCCCUGGUGAACCUGGAUGGGGAAGUUAUUGGGAUCAACACUCUUAAAGUCACUGCUGGAAUCUCCUUCGCCAUCCCCUCUGACAAGAUCCGGCAGUUUCUAGCCGAGUCACACGACAGGCAGGCCAAAGGAAAAGCGAUACCAAAGAAGAAGUAUAUCGGCGUGAGGAUGAUGACUCUCACUCCAACACUGGCUGCAGAGCUGAAGGACCGUCAGAAAGACUUCCCCGAUGUCACUUCGGGGGCGUACGUCCUUGAGGUCAUCGACAAAACACCAGCUGCAGCUGGCGGCUUGAAGGAGAGCGACGUCAUCAUCAGCAUCAACGGCGAGCGCAUCUCCUCUGCCAGCGACGUGAGCAGCGCCAUUAAGACGGACGACACGCUGCGGUUGGUGGUGCGACGCGGGAACGAGGACCGCCUCCUCACCAUCAUUCCCGAGGGCAUCGACCCUUGACCCCUCCCUCGCCACGAGCUGGUUCUCAGUGUCUCGCUACGGACCCUCGCUGGGUGUGUCUGGAGCCACGCCCACUUUAGAAUUGUAACCAAUAGUCUCUCUCCCUGCGGCCUGGCGGGGCUGAAAAACUCCACCACCAGGAAGUGAACUGCGUGCGGAGCAAACGCGACCUUAUUUUAGACCCGCAGCUCUCCGUGUAUUUUUCUUUUUGCCAUGUAUGCUUCAGACGAUAGUACUGUCACCUAACCCAACCUCAUCGACCAGUGCUUCCUUACUCCUUCUCCCUUCUCCCAUUUCAUUUUUUUAUACUGUACUUAAUUUCUUAAUUUCCCAGUGAAACCCACCACCGCAGUCUGUUGAGAAGUGGAGAAGCAGAGAGAAUUCAGAGUGGGCAUUGCAGGCUACCGUAGUUUUCAUGUUAUUCUGUUGUUUUUGUUGUUGUUGUUGUUGUUGUUGUUGUUGAUGUGUUUUUUGAUUUCUUUUGGACGACAUUACAAGAAAGGGAAAUAAAAUAUUUUACUAGUCUA